AUGUCUCAAGAGGAAUCUCAUAAUAUAGACCAAGAGCAAGAUGAUCUUGCCUUGGUGGUUCAACAGGCAAUGGAGGGGUUCCAGGAACAAGCUGGUCAAUUCGAUGGUGCUGAUGAGAAUCAAAAUCAAAACAAUGAGAUAAAUGUCAACAACGCGUCUCAAGGGCAACAACAACAACAACAUGAAGAAUUCAACCAUGAUGAUGAUGAUUUCGAGAAAGAAAUACAGAGACAAUUGGAACAACAGUUUCAGCAACAAGAUGCCCAAGGUGCUAAUGAUGUCGGUGAUAAUACCAAUGCUCAUGUUGAUAAUGGCUCUGGUGAUCAAGACAACAAUAACAAUAACAAUGAUGAUGAGGAUGACUUUGCUAAAGAAGUUGAAAGGCAGUUACAACAACAGUUGGAUCAACAUCAACAAGAGUUUCAAGAACACCAACAGCAGCAACAACAAGAUACGAAUACCAUCAAUGAUUUUGAGACCCAUAUUGAAGACCAAAUACGGCAACAGUUGAAUCUUAAUGAUGGCCAACCUCAAGAUCAAGCCGCUCAACAUGUUGUUGACGAAAGUGUUCAAAACGAUUAUGAGCAAGAACUACAGAAACAAAUUAUGGAUGCGUUGAAUGAACAACCAGCUAGUGAAGAAAUAAGGCAAGUUGAUCAAGAUCAAAAUGAACAAAAGGAACUUAAUCAUCAUACUGUUACUGAUUCCAAUACUCAACAAGGUCAAUCUUUUGAAAAACAAGAGGAACCCAAAGAGCAACAUCCUCAAUCGGAUCAAAAUCUAUCACAACAAGAGUUUCAAAAUGAUUUUGAACAAGAUCUUCAAAAACAUAUCAUGGACGUUUUUGCUGCUCAACAGGAACAACACCAAGGACCUGAGACUCAUCAGCCUGAACAAGAUCAACAAAAACCUCUAGAACAACAACCUCAGAGUGAUGCUGGGCCACAGGAUGCAGACGAUUUUGAAUUGCAAUUACAAAACUCAAUUAUGGAGGCUUUUAAUGCUGCUACUGAUGUUGAAAACACAAGUCAAGAACAACAUCAACAAGUUGAACAGCCUAUACAACCAGCAGAGCAAGAGAAAUCUGAACCAAUACCACAAGCUCAACCCCAAUUUUCAAAAGUUGAACCACAACCUCAACAAACAUCAACAGCAGCUCCUGUUCAAUCACACCAACCUGAACAACCAGCUACUCAACAUCAAGUUCCAUCACAAUCUGCUGUUCCACCAGCUGCUCAAUCUCCAGCGCCAGCGCCAGCUCAAACACAACCUGUUGUUCAACCUCCAGCACAAGCACAAACUCAGGUAGCACCCCAAUAUCAACCACCACAACCACAACAUCCUCAACCUGAAUAUGGUGAUGUGUAUGAAGAGGAAUUACAGAAUCAAAUUCUUAGUGCAUUUGCUGAAUCUGAACAACAAUAUAAUCAACAAAUGCAACAAUUGCAGCAACUUCAAGCUCAACAAGCUGCACAUCAGCAACAAUCACAACAACCAUUGUCUCAAUAUACUGAUGAUAUUGAUCCAUUUCGUGAUGCAUUGGAGCAAUUGGUUCAAAAUGUUAUUGAUGCUCAAGUUGAACCGGAUAAUAAGAGCUCUUCACAACAACAACAACAACAACAAAAUGAUGAUGAGGAAAUUGAUAUGAAUCAAAUCAUGCAAAAUGCUUUAGCUAUGGCUGUGGAGAAUCCUAAUUUGUUGUUACAAAACUUGAACCAAUUGAAUAAUAAUAAUGAAUUGAAUUUACAACAAGAUUCUUCCGCUUUGAUUAAUCAAUUGAUUAGUUCUGGUGUUAAUUUAGGGGAAGCUGUUCAAGCCACUACAGCUGCUGUUAAGAACAAGAAAAAAGCUCCAGCUAAACCAAAGGAAAAGAAACCUCCAAAAGAGAAGAAACCUAGAGCUCCAAGGAAGACUCCUGCAAAGAAGAAGAAGGAUACAGCUGUUGUACCAAGUACUGGUGUUAUUACUCCUCAAUUCCAACCGCAACAACAAUUACCAUCGUUUCAACAACAGCAAGGUAUUAUUUUACCUCAACAACAACAACAACAACCUCAAGCUUUAUUACCAUCUGCUGCUCCUGGACAACAACCUUUACAACUUCCACCACAAUUACCACAACAGCAACAAGUUCAACAACCUACUCAAUCUCAACUACCACAAUCACAGUUGAUCCAACCUUCACCACCAACUGCAACAAAACCUAUUGAUCUUGGUCCAAAACAACCAAAACCUGCACCUGCUAAUUCAAUUAUUGAUUCUGUUAAAAAUUCAGCGCCUCUGUUAUUGUUGACAAAAGAUAGAUCAAUUGAUUUACAAAAUCAUAAUGCUGAGCAAAAGAAGAAAGCUUCAUUGUCAAUUGCUGAAACUUUGGCUUUGAGUAGAUCAGGUAUGUCUAGUGGUAAAUUUUCAUCAAAAUUACAAGAGCCAAAACCUGUUGAACAAGUUCAUCCUAAAACUGCCACUGUGGGUACUUCUCAAGCUGAACAGAAUUUGCAACAAACACCACCACCACCACCACCAAUCGACAGAACUUCUCAAGAUAAGAAUGUUAUAACUGCAUCUGUGGAGAAUGCAUUGAAGCAAUUGUUGACAGCACAACCACCAUCAACACCAACAAGUUCAACAAAGGCUAGUGAUAAGCAAGAUGCUGAUAUGAUUGAUCCUGCGCUAGCUGAAUUACAACAAAAAGUUGAUCCAAAGGCACCAUCACAGGAACAACAACAACCAUCAUCUUCAUCAUCUUCGCAAGCUCCUGUUGUUUCGAAACCUUCAACACCAUUCACACCAUUACCUGUUGCACCUGGUAGUCAAGGAAAUGCAUUGAUUAACAACAUUGGCUCAUUAUUACCAAAUUUACCUUCAAAUUUAACAAGUAUGAUUUCAUCAGCUAUUAAUUCUGCAGUUAGUUCAGGUAAGAUUAGUUUCAAUGAUCAAAAUCCUUCAACACCUACUGAAUUUCAAGAUACUCCUAAAUCUGGUAAAAAAUCUAAAUUAUUGAUCAAUAGAAAUGAAACUCCAGAACAACAAAAGGAAAGAAUUAGAUUAGAGAAUCGUGAACGUAAGAAAAGAUGGAGAGAUGCUAAUAAAUUAAAGAAUCAAAAUAAUGAUCUUAGAGCUCGUUUGAAGAAAAGAGCUAUUCAAUUGUUUGGUGCUGAAGAGACUCCAAAAAAGAAGGAAUGGAUUGAAAGUGAAUUUGAAAAAAGGAAAAACAGAAGAAUUAUUAAAGCUGCUAAUUUAGAAGAUUUGGCUACAUUAAUUAAUGAGACUUUAUCCAAAAUUGAUGUUGCAUCUUUAAAUCAAGAGACUUUAACUCAGAUUAUUUCUCAAUUGGUUACUUCUGCAUUUAAUCCACCAGCUCAAAGUGCUCAACAACAACAACAUCAACAAGAAGCUGGUAAUAAUAAUUAUAUUACUACAACUCAAAGAAAUUUAUCACCUGGUGCUGUUGAAGAGUUGGCUGGAUUACCAAGAGGUUCGGUAUCUUCAUUCAAAGUUGAUAAUCAAUCAGUUCCAAGAAGUCAACCUGAUGAUGAAUCUGGUAAAAUUGGUGAUCAAGGGAAUCAAGAAAAAGUGGCAUUACCUUCAAAAGAACCAGAUUUGGAACUAUCUUCAUUGAUUAAUAACAAACAAAGGGAACAAGUUGAGACUACUAGUACACCAAGUCCAGUUAUUGGUCAACAAGUUAAUAAAUUACCUUUGAAACCUUCAAUGCCAAUGAAAAGGAAAAGUGAUGUUUUAUCAAAUUUUGAAUUGAAGAAACCAAGAUUUAACAUCCCAUUGAUUCCAACAAAUAUGAAAUUUGAUGAUGAUGUUGAUAAGGGUAAAGAUGUUCAAGUUACUAAAGAAACUGUUGUUGUUAAAGAUAAACCUGAACCAACAAAGAGCGUUGUUGAAACAGGUGUUGCUAAGCCAGUGGAGAAGUCAAUUGAAAAGCCAAUUGAAAAGCCAAUUGAAAAACCAGUUGAGAAACCGGUCGAGAAACCAGUUGCAAGUGUUGUUUCAAAACCAUCACCAAUUGUUACACCUACACCUAAAGAACCUACAAAACCAUCACCACCUAAACCAGUUGAAAAACCAGUUGCUGUUAGUAAACUUGCUCCACCAAAGCCUAGUGCCGGAUUACCAUUACAUUUACAAAGACCAAUCAAGAUUCCAUCAUUCAGAAGACCUGAACCUUCCAGACCAUCACCACCAGUUCCAUCAGCUGCUGCUACAACAUCAGUGAAGCCAGUUGAUAAACCUUCACCAGCACCAUCUACAACACCAGAAGCUGCCAAAGAGCCUACACCAAAACCAGUUGAAAAACCAUCUUCAACACCACCACCACCUACAUCCAUCACCACCACUACUACUGAGAAGGAGAAAGAAUCGACAGCUACAACUACAAAUUCAGUCAAACUGGAGAAGCCAUCAAUACCAUCAUCAACUACAACACCAAAAUUAACCAGACCAAAAUUUGGCAUGGGAUUGAGAAAACCACCAGCAUUUCAAGGAUUAAGAAAACCUGGAGCAUUUCAAAGACCACCUGAUAGGGAUAAAAGAAAAGGGUUAAUUCAAUAG